AACACGCUUCGAAAUGAGCAAGUCUUUAAGUCGUACAGAAGAUUCACGUUUGUAAAGAUGCUGACUACCAGGACCAGAGGAUUUGAACGCAUCCAUUUCGCAGUGUCGAAUUGAUUCAUCGUAUCCAUUUCGCACUAUCGAAUUAAUUCAUCGUCUGUUAAUUCUAGGUAACCGCCGUAACCGGAAGCGGCGGUGGUUGUUGAGUGAAGUGAGAUUGGAAAGUAGAAAUGGAGGAAGAAGGUUCCAACUCAGUCCGCCGAAUGUCAAGCCGAACACGAAAAGUUGCCUCCAAAAUGGUCGCCGCACUUGCUAGCUCCGACAACCGCACUCAGGCAGCUCUCGCACGAUUGGAUGCUUUGGAGAAUGAUAAUGCUGGAUUUGAAGUUGUAGAUCCCAAUAUUGACGACGAUGAAGCUUCUCUAGAUGAUGAUGAUCAAGGGUAUAUGCAGAAAAAACAGUCUAAAGGCACAAAAAGGAAAACUAGACAAGCAAAAGCACUUGAAGCUAAGAAGGCCCCAAAAACAUUUCUUGAGCUCUUACAUGAUGCAAACUUAGAAUCAUUACCUCCACAUGUUCCCUCAUAUUGGAAAGCAGCUGUUGGACCUCCAAGCUCAACUUGCCGUCGCCACUUUUGUACUGUAUGUGGUUUCUCUGCGAAUUACACGUGUGUUAGAUGUGGUGUGCGUUUUUGUUCCAGUAGGUGUCAAAAUGUGCAUAAUGAUACACGAUGUUUGAAAUUUGUAGCCUAAUACAUGUAAUGUAAAAUUUUGGCCCCUGCCCUUUAUUGGAUACAUGCUAUUUUAAGCUAUCAUUUAUCGAUUUUCACCAUCAUUGUAUAGAAAGCAAGUUGUUUAAUCAACUUCCCCCUUUUCCCUUUUUGAGAUUAGUGUUUCAAUUGUCUGGCCUUGUUCGAGCAGAAAACUGUAUAGUCUACUAAACCUUACUGAAUCCUGGUGUUCUUGGUAACCUUGUUGAAGAUGCUCUAAGCUGCUUCGAUAUA